AUGUAUCCGAACUGCGACGUGUGUAACAGAUCGCCCCAUCCACUCUAUCAGUGUGGAAAAUUCAUUCAUAUGAACUCAGAGGAAAGACUUUCUGCGGUUAGGGAACAAAGGUUGUGUGGCAACUGUUUAAAGCAGCAUCUCGGGGAACCAUGCAAAUCAGGAAAUUGUCGGAAAUGUGGCCAAUUCCACCACACCUUGCUGCAUGCUGCUCUUGUGUUCCCCAUCGAACAACAAGCUGAAUCAACAUCGUAUGAAGCUCGACCCAGCGAUGGUGCGGCCGCUCACUCGUUGAUUUCGGCUCUUGAUUCCACUGCUAAUUUCGACGCAUCUAACGUGCUACUCGCCACCGUUUCCAUUAAUGUCUUAGAUAAGCAAGGGCGGCCGCAUACCUGUCGCGCCGUCUUGGAUUGCGCGUCUCAAGUAAGUUUCAUCAGUGAAAGUUUGUGUAGAAAACUAAAUCUGGAUUUGAUGGAGGCCGAUAUGGAUCUAGAAGGUAUCUCGUCAACUCCCGCUCAUGUAGAUAAAUGCGUCGAAAUAGUUGUAGCAUCCCGUUGCUCAGACUAUCGAACCACAGUUCCGUGUAUGGUGCUUGAGAAAAUCACUAAAACGCUUCCAGUGAAAGCAGCGAAUAUCGACGGUUGGCGCAUCCCAACAGAGAUCAAUCUGGCCGAUCCCCUCUUUCACCUUCCUGGUAAAAUACACGUUCUGCUUGGCAUUGAACUCUUUUUCCAGCUGUUAGAGCCUGUAAAAAUUUCUCUAAGCCCUGACGACAAUCUUCCAACGUUGCACAACACCAAACUAGGGUGGGUUGUUGCAGGUCGCGUUCGUGAUACCAAUGUAGCGCCGAACACAUCGUCUCCAACGUGUUUGUUGGCUACUGCCGAUAAUAGCCUGGAUCAGCAAUUACGUCGUUUCUGGGAGUUGGAGGAGUAUUCGAAAAUGGCACCGCAUCUCAGUGAAGAAGAAAAGCAGUGUGAAGAUCACUUCUACAAGCACACUAUUCGAAACGCUUCUGGAAAAUAUACUGUCCGUUUACCUUUCUUGCACUCUCCAAGUCAACUAGGCGAUUCGAAACAUAUGGCCGAGACACGUCUGAGUCACAUUGAAAGGAAACUGAAUCGGAAUCCCUAUCUCAAGCAAGAGUACCAUUCGUUUCUCAAGGAAUACUGUGAGCUGGGGCAUAUGACACUAACUGAAAGCCCUGCACCGAAAAAUACAGUCUACUUACCUCAUCAUUGUGUUGUAAAGGAAGAUAGUUCAACAACAAAAUGUCGCGUCGUCUUCGAUGCCUCCGCGAAAACCACCAGCGGAAAAUCCCUCAAUGAUGUACUGAUGACUGGGCCCGUUUUGCAGGACUCGUUAAUAAUCGUUAAUAAUCGUUAA